AUGAGCAUUUCCUCGGAGCACAAGCCCCUGGGGAAGCGGGUCACCAGCAGCAUGCAUAUGUUGUCACCAAUAGUGGAGUUAAAUGUUGGUGGGGAGAUGUACACCACAACACUGAGUACCUUGAAGAAACACCCUGGCUCCAAGCUCGCAGAGAUGUUCACUGGCCAGCCCAAACUGAGGACUGACUCAGAAGGGAGGUUCUUCAUUGACAGGCCGGGGACCUAUUUCAAAUACAUCUUGGAGUAUCUGCGUAGUAACCAAGUGCCCACAGAGUGCAUCCAGGACGUGUACAGGGAGGCGUUGUUCUACGACAUUGAACCUCUAAUCAAGCAGCUGGAAGAUUCCCCUCAGAUCUUUGGGGAACUAGUGGCGAGGAAGCAAUUUCUGGCCCGUGUGCCCAAUUACAGUGAGAACAUCGAACUGAUGAUCCGCAUCGCAAGGGCGGAAGCAGUCGCAUCCCGCCAGUCCAGCGUCAUUGUGUGCGUUGUCAGAACAGAGGAGGAUGCUGCCAGAUGCCAGGACGCCUUGAACAGCUUGGACAUGGAUAAAAAAUCUGUGGUGAAAUUUGGCCCCUGGAAGGCAACACCAAGUAUUUCUGAUCUGCUCGACUGCAUUCAAAUGGAUGUCGAAGCCAAAGGGUACAAAAUAUCCUUUCAGCCCCAUGUGGCAGAAAAAGGGUUUCGUAUCAAAUCCUAUGACUUCUUCUACAAAUUCCUGUUCACCUGGUGGUAG